CUUUAUUUGUGUCAGUCGUUCGGUCUACGCGUUCGGAGGCAGCCGGCAGAUCCGCGACUAACGCCUCACACGUAAUUAUUCGCAGAUUUCCGUUUUGUUUAACGAUUUACGAACGUGUCGACUAUCGCUUAGCCUUGCAAUUUUAUUCGAUAAUCCACUCGGGUUGGCUACGUGUGUCCGAAAUUUUGCAAUACAAAUUCGCUCCUCGAUUCACCAAAGUAGAAGGUUCCCCGCCAAACCUCGAAGUUGCGAAACGCUCACAAGUUUUAAACAUGAACAUAUAUUCGCAAUAAUUUUGACGGUAAAUUCAUUUAUUCGGAAAUGGCUGAAAAUGUUGAAACGAUAAGCGAAUUAAUCUAAACUACUGAAGUGCGUACAUUACGAAAAGAAAACUCAUAUAGUAUUGAAAUUUUUUGAAUUAUGUACUAGUCGUUAAUCAGUGAAUAAUUAUGUUGUCCAUGGAAUCAUUGUGGUGCAAUUCAGAAAGUGAACUCUCAACUUUAAAACUUAGCAAGAGCGUGAUUGAGCGACCAGAAUAUAGACUGAUGAGGCGGAAGCCGUCCAAAAGCCUCAUUCCGCAGGCUUUGCUGCACGCAAAUCCAGAAUCGCAACAAAAAUCGCACCGGCGACGAAGGUCUGGCACUUGGCCGAGAACUAGAUCCCUGAACGCGCCGUCCCCAAUACAACAGUUUGGACCAUGCGGCAGGAUUAUGAAAAAUUCCGCCAUGGUCAUGCAAAUCCAGGAUCCGGCGUCGCAGAGGCUGACCUGGUACAAGCCUCCCCUCACCGUGCUGGUCAUCAAGAAGGUUCACGACGCCCAGAUACUGGCACCCUUCGUUCAGCUAGUACACUGGCUCGUUCAUGACAAAAGCAUGGUGGUGUUCGUCGAGGCGGCAGUUUUGGAUGACACACUCCUUGCGGAGUAUGGGGACUUUACGUCGGUGAAGGAACGUCUGAUGACUUUCAGAGCUAGCACCGACGAUCUCACUGAUAAGAUCGACUUCAUCAUAUGCCUGGGGGGUGACGGGACCCUGUUGCAUGCUAGCUCACUUUUCCAGCAAUCAGUGCCGCCGGUGAUGGCAUUCCACUUGGGCUCGUUGGGUUUUCUGACGCCCUUCGAGUUCAACAACUUUCAGGAGCAAGUCAUGAACGUUUUAGAAGGACACGCGGCUCUAACUUUAAGGUCCCGUUUGCAAUGCGUAGUGCUUCGGAAGAGUCAAGACGACAAUAAAGACAAGAAGAAGCCGACCACGAUACUGGUGCUGAACGAGGUUGUCGUGGAUCGAGGACCUUCGCCGUAUUUAUCCAAUAUAGAUUUGUUCCUCGACGGGAAACACAUCACGUCUGUGCAGGGAGACGGGCUGAUAGUGUCGACGCCGACGGGCAGCACGGCGUACGCGGUGGCGGCGGGCGCGAGCAUGAUCCACCCGUCGGUGCCCGCCAUCAUGGUCACGCCAAUUUGUCCACAUUCGUUGUCAUUCAGACCCAUCGUAGUGCCGGCCGGCGUCGAGCUCAAGAUAAUGCCUAGCCCCGAGGCCCGUAAUUCAGCCAGCGUGUCGUUCGACGGCCGCUCCCAACUCACUCUCAGACCCGGCGAUAGUCUCUACGUGACCACGUCCGUGUAUCCGGUGCCGUCGAUAUGCGCCCAGGAUCAGAUCUCGGACUGGUUCGACUCGCUCGCCGAGUGCCUCCAUUGGAACGUUAGGAAGAAACAGAAGCAGAUGGACGAGCUGAGCGACCUCACGCACUCGUCGAGCGAUAACCUCGAGGAGCUAGACAAUAACCACGAUGAGAGACCAUCGGACACGUGAUUGUACAAUGUGUCGAAAAAUCGAUAAACCAGCAACUAAUCAACCUACCUGAUUCACGGCAAACCGAUAUGAGUCAAUAUAUCACGAUGAGUCGAUGAUAUUAAUAAUCGAAUAUUAAUCGCUAAACUAGCCAACUCGAUUUUAUGUCAAGUUAAUAAAUAAUUCUUUGUGAUUUCCCUGCCCUAAUAAGCCACAAUAAAUCGUUCCCUGGUUAUCGAUAUUAUUUAUUUCAAUAACGCAUUUCAAUAUCGAUUUAGAAAUGAAAAUAAAUUUUUUAUAAACAAAUAAAUAGUAGGGAUCUGUCAUACACGGCCCCUUUAAUUUGGUGAUGUUUUAGUAUUGAAACAAGGUACCUACCUAUUCAUGAUCUACUUUAAUAUACUAGAAUGUAUCUACUAUUACGUUUAAAUUAUAUUUUAUUGGGUAUUUCAUAGGGAAUAUUAUAAUAUGUUAGAGAAAUAUACUGUUUUAAAGGUUGAUAAAAACAUACAUAAUCUUCACUGAAAGGUCUAUUAAACUAUUACAUAGACGUGUGUAUACAAAAAUAUAUUUUAUACAUAUCGCUUUAAUGAGUCACAUGCCAACAUAAAAUACGUUAUCUAUGGUAUAAUAUGUUUAAAGAAAUUGAAUUUGUGAAGCUGGUAUGUACCGCAUCUGACGUAAAAUUGUAUAAAAAAUUAAGUGAUGUAUACCGACACAAUACUUUUAUUAACAUAAGGCUUAUAUAAUUUGAUUUUGUUUUAGAUUCCCUGGGACAAUAAAUAUUUAUAUUAAUUUGUUAUGUCUUUGUUGGGUACGUUGGAUGCUGUUUAUUGUGAAUUUUUGUUAUUUUUUUUUUUAAUAUCUCCGUCUUAAUUUAAAUAUAAAAGUGAAAUUUAUGUUAUUAGAUUCUGAUGUUUUUGAUUAUUUUGAAUCUUUGUAUGAGAUAUGUAAUAAACAAUAAAAUUUAUUAUGGUGCUAUUUCCAUAGGUACUUAUCUAUAGUGCCAAUACAAUUUUUAGGAAAUACAUUUAGAUAAAUCCGCUUAGAAACUAAUGUAUAAGGAUCUUGUCUUAUUAAAAAUUAUCUCAAAACUAACUUUCACAGUUAAAUAUAGAUAGUAUGUACUGAGUCCUGAACACAUAAAAUUUAUUUUAAAACUACCCUCACGGUAUAAGUUUGCAUGAAUUAUUUUAGUUUUAACAGUAUUCAAUUGUCGAUUAUAACCUUAGUCUUUCGUGACCACGAGAACUAGUGUUCUAAACAACAGAAAUAAUACAAUUGAAAUAACAAUAGCAAGAUUCAAUUAUUCCAAUCGAUAUUUCAUAAGUCUGUUAAAUCGUUCUUAGAAAAGUUUCGUGCACAAUAUUAUUUCUUUAAUUAUAUUACAAAAAUGAUAUAAUAUUUAAUAUCGUAUUAGGUACUAUUAUUAAAUUCAAAAAAAUACAAUUAAUUAUAAUGUUAAAUGAAUUAUUUGUAUGGUACAGGUACAUAAUUUUAUUUUAAACGAUCGAUAAAUAAGAAAGAUUUUUAACAAAAAUAAUACUGUUGCCUACAUAAGCGCCGCCAUCGGUGAAUACUGUAUCAACAAUUCUUUACAUGACAACUAUCUGAUUUAAAUUCGAUCCGAAAUUUGUUGUAAGCUGGUGUUUGUGUUCUAUUUUAUGAGAUAACGUAUACAUUUGAAAUAAAACUGAUUUUACAGAA